AUGAUUGGAUUUGGGCUUUUCAUAUGGACCUAUUUUCACAUAAUUUUGCUUUUCAUUUUGAAUACCUAAAGGCAUGUUCAAAAUCAAAGCAUUUUCAACCAAAUUUCUCGACACCAAUCGUCUCCUCUUCCCCUUCCAGCUUUCUCUACUCCGCCGUAGCCUCGCACUCAUGUCCGUUAAGCGUGUGGGUACUCACAACGGAAGCUUCCACUGCGACGAAGCCCUCGGCUGCUUCAUGAUCCGCCUCACCAACAACUUCUCCCAAGCUCACAUCGUCCGCUCCCGCGACCCCAAGGUUCUUGAAACUCUGGACGCUGUGCUGGAUGUGGGUGGGGUUUACGACCCCGCCAAACACCGCUAUGAUCAUCACCAGAAGGCUUUUGAAGAGAUUUUUGGUCAUGGCUUUAAUACUAAGCUCAGUAGUGCUGGUCUUGUUUACAAGCAUUUUGGGAAAGAGAUAAUUGCUAAGGAGCUUCAAGUUGAUGAAGACCAUCCCGACGUUCAGCGGUUGUUUCUUGCAGUUUACAAGAACUUCAUGGAGGUCUACAAGUCUAGCACAAGGGGGGCAGGUUGUCCAAGGAGGGCAGGUUUUGCAGAAAUUGGGGAAAAGUGGAAGAGUGAGAAAUUUUUUAAUGUGAGAGCAGUGAAAUUUACUGCUACUAUAAUUUACCAUUGGAUUGAGGAGUACUAUAAAUUUUAUAUAGAUGCUAGGGUUUUCUGCUUUAUUGUUAAUUUCAUAAAGUUUUAUUUUCUGCAGUGGAAACUUCACUUAUUUGAGCUUGAGGAGGAGAUGAAGAUUAAUCCUCCUAUUAAAUAUGUGCUUUAUCAGGAUGACCGAAGUAAAAGUUGGCGAGUCCAGGCAGUGGCAAUGGCACCCGAUAGAUUUGAGAGCCGCAAGGCACUUCCUGCUCCAUGGCGUGGGCUGAGAAAUGACGAACUGUCUAGGGAGUCAGGGAUUCCCGGGGGCGUUUUUGUCCACAUGAGCGGUUUCAUUGGCGGAAGUCAGACCUAUGAGGGUGCACUUGCGAUGGCGAAAGCAGCUUUGAAGCUGUUGAGAUUAUCCACCUCACGUGGAAGCAGCCGCUAUAGUUGA